GCGGGUCCUGAGCUCGCAGCAAGUGUUUGGGCUUCCACCCCGAAGUCGCACAUCUCUCUGUCAGGACGCUCUUUGGAGAGGGGAGACGCGGAGUUCCCACUUUGCGCACCGACCGGCUUUGGAUGUGAGCAGCGACGGACCGGAGUGACAUAACCAGGGAGCUGCAUUUGUGAAAUCCUGCCAGCAUGGACAACAUAACUAUUGACCCGAGCUGCCGGAGCAAACCACCUCUUGCUAUCGACAUCAUCCUCCAGUUGGACCUGUUUGGGAUCAUCCUGUACUCUGUGCUCACCUUCAUGGCAGCGGUUUCCAUGCUUAUCUACAUAGAGGAGUGUAUCUACAUCUAUAGGAAAGUGCCCUCCAACAAGAAGAGCGUCAUCAUCUGGGUUAAUGGGGCAGCACCGGUGAUUGGCACGAUGUCAUGUCUGGGAAUGUGGAUCCCCAGAGCCACCAUGUUUACUGAUAUGACCUCUGCCUGCUACUUUGCCAUUGUGGUGUUCAAGUUCCUCAUCAUGAUGCUGGAGGAGGUGGGUGGGGAUGAAGUGUUUCUGCAGCGAGCGAGGAAAUACAAACUGAGGAUCAGCACGGGGCCGUGCUGCUGCUGCUGCCCCUGCCUGCCGCACGUGGCCAUCACACGGCGCUCCCUCUUCCUGCUGAAGCUGGGCUCCUUCCAGUUUGCCCUGCUGAAGAUUAUCUUUACCGUCCUCUCCAUUGUCCUCUGGACCAACGGAAACUUUGACCUGGCUGACUUGGAAAUUACUGGUGCUGCUAUAUGGAUUAACCCGUUCGUGGGCGUCUUGACAAUCAUCGCCCUGUGGCCGGUGGCCAUCAUGUUCAUGCACCUGAGGACCACCCUGCGCACCCUCAAGAUCAUCCCCAAGUAUGCCAUGUAUCAGCUGGUGCUGGUCUUGAGUCAGCUGCAGUCUGCAAUCAUCAACAUUCUGGCUAUGAAUGGAACGAUCGCCUGCGUCCCACCCUAUUCCUCCCAGGCGAGAGGAUACAUGAUGAGUCAGCAGCUCUUGAUCCUGGAGAUGUUCAUCAUCACGCUGGUGACACGGCUGCUGUAUCGCCGAGAAUACGACCCUUUACCUGAAGAGGACGCCGAUGACAUGGAGAACGCCAAGAUGGUCGCAGUGCCAGUGGAAGCAUGAGGAGUGUGUGUGUCUGUGUGCGUGUGUGUGCGUGUGUUUUCACAUAUGGAAAUGACUGUGUUGGGAGUGAAAUAAUCCACUGAAGGACUCUGGGCGUUGUGUUAAGGGCAGUGGAUUUGCAGACUCUCUCCAAAAGCUGCCCAGACACCUGCGCCGGACAGGACCGGCCUGUCACACAAAUCUGACACUGUGGGAUCGAGCAGGAUUUACUUGACCCCCGGUUUGUGCCCUCUUUUUGAAAUAUAAUUUUUUUUAAAAACAGAAGAGAGUCCACGAGGAUUUGCUCGAGUCAGAGGGCUUAUUUAUAUCCCUCAUCUUUUUUUGAUGGCUGGUUGUAUAUGACCCAUUUACAUAACCAGGAUGUAAGAUUCACUCUGUUUUUGUCUUGCAUGUUGUGUCACUUGCACUGUCAUCAUUAUCCAUCAAAACAGUGUAAACAUUUUAAAAAAUCCCGAGCU